AUGACGAUCAUGGAAUCCAGUUCAGUGCCUAAGAACUACCAGCACAUCCUGGCCUUAACAUUUGCUGUCAAAGAGAUCAAUGAGAAUCCCAAAAUCUUGCCGAAUGUCUCUCUGGGUAUCCGCAUCCUCAAUAGCUACAUGACUGCAAGAAUGACUUAUAAGGCCACACUGAGCCUGCUUUCCACACAACAGAAGUUUGUUCCCAACUUCAGUUGCGACAAGCAGAACCAAUUGGUAGCUAUCAUUGGAGGAUGUUUUUCUGAGAUCUCUGUCAAUAUGGCUUUCGUUUCAGCAGCCCACAAAACUCCACAGCUCUCUUAUGGAUCCUUCUUGCCAUUAAAAGGUUCCAAAAUGUUGUUCCCUUUUCUGUACCAAAUGGUCCCAACUGAAUCCUACCAGCAAAUGGGAGUUGUGCGAUUACUUCAGCAUUUUGGAUGGAAAUGGGUUGGGGUUGGUGCUGUGAAUGAUGACAAAGGGGACAGGUUUUUACAGACAAUGGUGCCUAUGCUUUCCCAAAAUGGCAUAUGUUAUGCUUUCAUAAUAAGACUACCAACAUGGAGCUAUGUGGAGAAUAUGAUUGACAUGCUUUUAGAAAACUUGAAACCCUAUGAAGUUCUCAUUGACACAAAAGUCAAUGUAUUCUUUAUAUAUGGAGAACCUCCAUCUUUUCAGAUUAUAAGGAUAUUUCUAUUUGCAACAUCCUAUGUGUCAUGGCCUCCUCUUGGUAAAGUGUGGAUUGUUACAUCUCACUGGGAUUUCACAUCAGUGUCCAUUCAGAAGACAUGGGAUAUGCAAACCUUCCAUGGUUCCAUAUCCUUCACUGCUCACUCAAAUCAACCACCAGGUUUCCAAAAGUUUAUCAAGGAGAUAACACCUUUUGGGGUGAAAGUAGAUGGAUUUAUCCAGGAUUUCUGGGAACAGGCAUUCAGCUGUUCAUUAAAGAAGCAGGAGGAAGAUGAAAAGGAAACAUGCACCGGGGAGGAGAAGUUGGAGAGCAUUCCUGGUAUUUUGUUUGAAAUGAAGAUGACUGGCCAUAGUUACAGUGUCUACAAUGCUGUCUAUGCUGUGGCACAUGCUUUGCAUGACCUAUACAGGAUGAGAUUGAAGCAUAGAAGUGUUGGAGAAACAAUACGUUUUGAUGACAAUGGAGAAUUAGUAACAGGCUUUGACGUUACAAAUUGGAUGAUGUUUCUGAAUGCGUCAGUGGUUAGAAUAAAAGUUGGAACACUAGAUCCUCAGGCUCCUCGAGGCAAAGAGUUAACCAUUCAUGAUGACCAAAUUGUCUGGCAUCAAAGCUUUAAUAAGGUACUACCAGUUUCUGUGUGUAAUGACAACUGCUAUCCUGGCUAUAACAGGAAAAAGAAGGAGGGAACAAAAAUUUGUUGCUAUGAUUGUGUGCCAUGUCCGGAAGGGAUGAUCUCUGAUAAGAAAGACAUGGAUUCCUGCAUCAAUUGUCCAGAAGACCAGUAUGCCAAUGAAAACCAAACUCAAUGCAUUCCAAGGAUUAUAAGUUACCUUACUUACAACGAAGAUUUGGGGAUCACCUUAUUUAUUAUGGCUAUUUCUCUCUCUUUUGUCACAGCUUUAGUUCUUGGAAUUUUUAUGAAGCACAAGGAGAGUCCAAUAGUAAAAGCUAACAACCGGAACCUCACCUACAUCCUUCUUGUUUCCCUCCUCCUUUGUUUCCUCUGUUCCCUGCUCUUCAUCGGACAGCCUAGAAAGGCAACCUGCCCUCUCCGACAAACGGCUUUUGGCACCAUCUUCUCUUUGGUCCUCUCUUCUGUAUUGGCAAAGACCAUCACUGUGAUUCUGGCAUUCAUGGCAACCAAACCAGGGGCCAAAAUGAGAAAAUGGGUUGGCAAAAGAACAGCAAAUUCUAUUAUCCUUCUCUCCACUUUUAUUCAAGCUGGUGUUUGUACCCUUUGGUUAAGUACUGCUCCUCCAUUCCCAGAUACAGACCCACACUCCUUCUAUGGGGAAAUCAUACUAGUUUGUAAUGAGAAUUCAGCUACCAUGUUUUACUGUGUUUUGGGCUAUAUGGGCUCUCUAGCCAUUAUCAGUUUCAUUGUGGCUUUUCUAGCCAGGAAGUUACCUGACAGUUUCAAUGAAGCCAAGUUCAUCACUUUCAGCAUGUUGCUGUUUUGUAGUGUCUGGUUAUCCUUUGUUCCCACCUAUCUGAGCACCAAAGGAAAAUACAUGGUGGCUGUGGAGAUCUUCUCCAUCUUAUGCUCCAGUGCUGGACUACUGGGUUGCAUCUUUUUCCCUAAAUGCUACAUCAUUGUGCUGAGGCCUGACCUAAAUAGUAGAGAACAUAUAAUGCAAAGGAAAAUAUGA